AUGUUUAACUUUUACCCAAUUUUCCCCCUUUUUCAAAAACGUAUCUGGAAAGAAAAUGCGUCAAGUAAAAUAGAUUUAACUAUUUGGGAAUCCGAAAAGAAUGAAGUUCCAUAUGCAUCUUAUUAUAAUUCUGAAUUGGGAAGGAAAUUUAUGAACUUAGAUAAAAAUAAUGAGAUUUAUAAAUAUGUAUUAAAAGAGUUUGAAAAAUAUCCUAGGUUUGAUGGGGAAUGUUUUGCAGCCGCAAUUGCCUAUUUGGAUUCUCAAAAGUUGAUAAAAGAACAUUUCUUUUUUGAUAAAAAAGAUUUUAAGAAUUAUGCCCUUGCCGAAUAUUUGGUACAAUAUUUUCAAUUUAAAGCUUUUGGUUAUAAAUAUUUCUCAUUAUUCGCAAAUUAUAUAUAUGAAAAAGGUUGUUGUUGUGCAAAUGAUGAAAAUACUAAAAUUUUGGAAAGAAUUCAAUCAAAAGUCGAAACUUUUACGGGAGACGAUUCGAUUAUAAAAUUUUUUUAUGAAGAAGAAUACAAGUACAAAUAUAAUGAUAAAUCUUUACCAGAUAAAUUUAGUGAAAAUACUGUGUCAACUGAAUUAAUUCAAUUAAAAUGUUAUUGCUUAUUUGCGAAAAAUUUGGAAGAGGAGACAGAAUUAAUUAACAAACAAGAGAUAAGGAAUUUAAAGGAAACGAUCGAAAAGUUAAAUGAUGAAUUAGAAUAUGAAAGAUCAUCAAGACAAAAUUUGGAAUUUAACAAUGAAAAAGUUCAUAUGGAAGAAUUGAUUUGUAAAGCAAAAUCCAAAAUUCGAAAUGAACAUCAUUUUUUAUUAGAAUUUCUUCUUGAAACUCAGGAACAAAUAAUUCGCUUACAACAUUUAGAAAAUCUUGAUGAACAAAUUUUUCAAUUAUCUAAACGUCGAUUAGAAGACGAUAAGCGUGCUUUAGAUGAUAAGCUCAGUAGAGAUGAAUUACAAACUCUAUGUGAAGUGAAAGAAAAAUUAACCAAACUGCAAAUAAAUAUGGAACAAAUUUAA